CUACAUACCAACCUCACCUCACCUCACCUCGCCAUCCCAUUCAACCCAGGCCGACCGCGGCCUCUCUCACCAUGACCAUGACCAUGAACAGCACACGGUUCACCCUCCCCCUCCGCACCCUCAAUCGCACCGUCUCUCCCCAAUCGCGCAUCCUCCUCCCACCAUCACCCUCACCAGCAACCGCAACAACCCUCCUCCUCCACCAAACGCGCCACCACACCACGACCCCAAAAUUCGCUCAAUCCUCAAUAUGGCACUCCCUGAUCCCGAAAUCCCUGCGCAACCGCAACGCCAAACAAACCCGACCCUACACGCCCAAAUCCAAAGAAUGGAACCCAGCAAGCUUCUACAUCAUCAUCUUCAUCCUGAUCGGGUCCCAGGCGAUCCGGAUGAUCGCGCUGAAGAACGACUACGCGGCGUACACGCGGUCGACGGACGCCAAGAUCCGGCUUAUGCGGGAGGUCAUCGAGAAGGUGAAUGCUGGGGAGAAGGUUGAUGUGGAGAAGUUGUUGGGGACGGAGGAUCAAGGGAAGGAGAGGGAGUGGGAGGAUGUGCUACGUGAAAUCGAAGCGGAGGACUCGUUAUGGCAUCGCAAGAAUGCGGCGAGGGCGGGACAAGAGCAAGAGCAAGAGCAACAGAUGCAGGAGGAGGAGGAGAAGAAGAAGAAGAAACAGAAGGCGCUGGAAGAGUCGUCAAAGGACUCGGUCGUGCCUGCUGAGGGUCCCGCGGGUGCGGAUCUGCCGGCGGAUAGUGCGGCGAAGAAGAAGCUCAACUUUUUUUAAAGAGCGUGUGCUUGACGGUGGAAGGAAUGCUGGGGGGUGUUGGGUUCCGAUAUCGGAUUGGAUCGUCUCUCCCGCGUGGAUAUAUCGCGGCUUGGAGGCUGCUUAUACGAGUGAGCUUUGGAUCGAGAAUAGACGAUUUCCUCGGUCAUCAGAGGUUACACUGAUCGUCGUGUGACUGCACGCGCAUAUUGUAUCUCUCUACUGGCCUUAGUUGUGUAUAUAUGCAUUUCUUC